AUGAGGAAGGAUUACAAAGACAAAGUGCAAAACUGUCGUAAUAUACUUCUAAACAAAUUUCGAGGACCAGUUGGUGAAACUGAACUUCGUGAUACUUUAGCUACAAUAUAUAAAAGCAUGAUUAAUUUAUCUUCAUUUGAUGAUAUGGAUGAAGAAGAGGGUAAAGUGCUAGAGGAAAUUAAAAGUGAACUUAUUGAGGAAGAAAUGCAAUGGUUAAUUGAAGAAUAUGAGAAAUCACAAAUGGAUAAAUUUGACUGGUCUAUUUUACAACAAGAAAAUGUUAUAUGUCCAAUAUGCCAAAAGACAAAUUUUAAAUGUGAUGCUGGAUUAGUCGGUUACAUGCAGCUUGUGUUG